AUGAAGCUCGUUGCGGUGUUCUCGCUCGCAACUGGUGCCUCUGCGGCUAGAGGUGACAAAAUUCUAAGAAAAAUUACACAAAGAAAUGGAGAAGUUGCUACUUCGGGAAAAGUCAAACCGAAUCCAAACCUCGAAGAUAUAAAUAAACGAGGAGGCAUUGGCUGCCAACUUGUUGAAGUUAAUGAUGAUUAUAUUAUGGCCGUCAAUGGUCGAACAUUGAGAAGCUUUAGUAGCUGUGGACGGGGUCGGUGCGCGCAAAUUUCGUGCGUUGGUCAAUUCUGUGAGCGAGACAGCUCUGGUAGACCAAGAAAGAUCAUCGCUAAAGUCGUCGCCCAAGCCACUACGACUUAUGAAGACGAAGAAAUCGAAGUCAACCAAAAGGCUUGGAACGGUCUCAUGGGAUCAAAAGCGAACAGAGUAAGUUCUAUGAACAUCGCAUGGAAUUUCGUAAAAUGUCCACAAGAACGCCGACCAAAGCUUUACGUCACAGAUAAUAACAAAUCUGGAUCUUGGGAAGUCCAGCCAAUCGAUGUUCCGGAAAAAAUUACAUGGAUGCGAAUCCGUCCUGCAAAUACGAAGACCAAAUUCAUCGUCUCUCAAGACCCUUUCAAGUCAGGCGCUGAUUACUUCUACUGGCGUGGGAAGAUGAGCCCAAAAACCACACUCUCUGCUCCAUUAGAAAUAUAUCUUCAAUAUGAUAGUGGAGCUAGAGUCAGAACAAAGCUGCUAGACUGGGAAAUUGGCAAGUUUGCCUAUUUGGAUGGCAAGCCUGCACCUGCUGGGGAACAAGCGAAGAAGAUUGUGACGCAAUCGAAAGGCAUCUUCAGCCAAAUGGGAUCUUUGUUCGGAGGUUCUAAGCCUUCGAAAAGCGCUCCCCCAGCGACUCCACCCAAGAAAGUGUCCUCGGGUGGCAUGUUUGGGUCGUCAUCAGGUGGCGGAAGCUUCAUGAGUGUCUUUGGAUCCGGUUCAUCUGGUGGCGGAUUUUUCGGAAGCAAACCCAAACCGACUUCAGCGACAACAACACGCCGAACAACCACGAGAAGAACGACGCGAAGAACGACACCUUAUGUCCGGCCAACUCGGCCCGCUGCAACAACCCGUCCUAGGAAGAAGGGCGGGAAAGGUGCAAAAGGAGGCAAAGGAGGAAAAACUGGUGGAAAGGUGGAUUGCCCACCUGGAAAAAACAUCAAGAGAUGCCGUGAUUUAGAAGCGCAAAAGAAAAAGCAGCAUGAUUCUCCUAGCAGUUCCAUUUUCGAGCAACAAAUGGCGGCCCCAAUCAUGGAAUCGCCUGUCAAGGAUAGAAACCUCGGCGCAACUGGAGCUCAGUUUGAUAAUUUCAUUGCGGAUUUCCUCAGUCCCUUUUUGAUUGAAGAAAAAACCACCCCGCGAACAACAACGACUACCCAGCCACCAACUACGAAGAAAACAUCUUUUGGAGGUUCACUUCAAUCACUUACUGGAAUCGGCGCUCCGGCAAAUCCAACAAGCGGAGUCUGCGGAAUCAACCCUAAAUCUGCUAUUUACGCCGCGAUCAACUCCAGGGUCGGAUCUCGAGACGAUUGUGGAAAAUGCGUAUUUGUCUGGUGUCCACCUUUUAGCGGCUGCAAAGGUGGUCCGAUUGCCAAGGUUCAAAUUGUCGACGUUUAUGAUGGACCUGGGCACAUAGCUCUCAGCCACUCUGCGUUCAAGGCUGCGAUUGGGCUUCCAACAACAAAAGGAAACAAGGCAGAUACUUAUCAAGGAACUUACACAGUCACACCUUGCUAA